AUGGAGGAGAGUUCCGCCUCGAGCCCCCGCGCGGGAAGCCGGCCGGUCGGCUCCCACAAGCGCUCGGCGGCGCGGGCUGCGUCGGACGAGGAGCCGCUGCUGGACUCUGAGGCGGCGGCCGAGGACGAAGACGGGCCGCCUCAGCCGCCUCAGCCGCCGCCUCGGCCGCGGGAAUCCCCUCAGCCGCCGCCCGCCGAGCCGCUGUCGUCGUCGUCUGAGGAGGCGGCGGCAGCGGCGGCGGCCGGAGCGGCUCCCGAGGGGCCUCCUCCGCGUCACCGGCGCCCGCCGCCCCACCACCACCACCACUCGCCGGGACACAGGCGGCGGCGGCGGCGCGGCAACCGCCUGCUGCUGCUCGGGCCCCUCAUGGACGGAGGCGGCGGCGGCGGCGGCGCGGGCGGGCUGCUGUACCCGCCGCUGGGCCGCGACGACGAGGACGACGACGACGACGAGGAGGGCGACGACGAGGAGGACGACGAGGCUCUGGACGAGGAGGACGGGCCGGGCCGCGGCGGAGCGGGGCCGCUGGCCAGCAGCGAGAGCGGCGGCAGCAGCGGGCUGUCCUUGUCGGGCGGCGGCGGCGGCGCCCCGGAGCCUCGCAAGCGAGCGCGGGGCUCGGGCGGUCCGGCCAGCCGCGCCGCCUCCGCCACGUCUUCGGUGGGCGGCGGCUCGUGCCGGGGCUACGAGGUGGUCCGCGAGCUGGGCCCCGAGGAGGUGCGCUGGUUCUACCGCGAGGAGCGCAAGAGCUGGAAGCCCUUCAUCGGCUACGACUCGCUGCGCAUCGAGCUGGCCUACCGGGCCUGGGGGCUCCUCGAGAGGAAGGCCGCGCCCGCCGACCAAGCCCAGGGGGUCGCCGCCGCAGGCAGCAGCAGCCCCGAGGCCUUCGAGCCCGGCUCGCCCGGCAUCCCUCCGUCGGAGCCCGUGUGCGUCCGCGGAGGCCUCUACGAGGUGGAUGUGGCCAACUCCGAGUCCUACCCGGUCUACUGGAACCGUAAGUCGUCGCCGAUGCCUCCCCCCCUCCCCAUAGCAGCCAAAUCCCGGGGGCGAGGCCCAUCCGGCCCCCACAAUGAAAUAUCUUAGGGGCCCGGCCCCCACAUCGCGGUCAUUGCCAUUCAAAUGGGCUGUGCGUGUGCCGUGUCAUGCGAUGGAUUAGGUGGGGUGGGGCUUGCCUUGUUUCAUUAGCCAGGGGAUGCCUGAGGAGCUCAAGUCCCGUUAAACCCGGUGGGGUCUGGCUUCAGAGUCAACCUGCCCGGGAGGAUCGGGCUGGAACCCUAGUGCUACCGGUUCCUCCCUUGCACGUUGACGUUGGCAGCUGGUUCCACCAGUUCAGUGAUGCUUGAUUCUCAAGGCUCUUAAUUUAUUUUUUAAAGGAGGCUCACAAUGUCCUGCCUGGAGGCUUGCAACAGGAAAAAUUAGGCACGCCAAAGGGUGGAUGCUCAGGGACUCCUGGAUCCUUGGCCAGCUGUCACCUUCCUUUUGCUCUGCUUUCAUGACCAUUUUAUCAGAGACCCGCAGUCCUGAAGUCUUGCUUAACCCUUCCACUUUUCUCCUUUUCCCUCCUAAGCAAGUGAUGUUCUAAACCAGGUGUGGGGAACCUUUAGUCCUCCAGAUGUUGCUGAAGUGCAGCUCUUGGAAGCAUGGCAAAUGACCUGGUUUGAAGAAGGUUCAAGUUCUGCAGCAUUUGGAGGGCCAAAGGUCCUGCACCAGUUUUAAGCAUUUAUCAGCACCCUGACUUAUUACUGCAUUUUCUUUUUGUUCAGCACCCUUGCCAUAAGGUUUCAUUGUGCUUCCCAUCUCCAUAAUUUUCUUCCUUAAGCAUUCCUUUAUCUGCUUCUCACAUGGCUUAUGCUUACACACACACACACACACACACACACACACAGAUUAUACAUGUCGCAGGGAGGUCCUGUGCCUGCUCUUUUUCAAGUCAGCUACUUCCUUCUUACUCAGUUCGUACCUGUUCUCAUGUGCCCAGAUCACUUAUCUAGGCAGGAAGCUAAAUCAUAACAUCUGUACGUAACCUCUUACUCCCUUUUCCAAACUACACUCCUGCUGCUCUGAGGAACUAUGAUUUCUAUUCCUGUACAAAAAUUUCCACUAUCGUGGCACCUCCCUCAUCUCUGCCCAUUGCAAUCCUAAAGAGAUGGCUUGCAUUUCCUUCAAGCUCCAGCCCUUUUGCACUCCUUUCUGUGAACCGGCGGUUCUCAACCUGUGGGUCCCCAGAUGUUGUUGGACUACAACUCCCAUCAUCCCUGAGCUCUGGCCUUGCUCGCUAGGGUUGAUGGGACUUAUAGUUCAACAACAUCUGGGGACCCAUAGGUUGAGAAAGGCUGCCUGAGUGUGAACAAAAGACAGGUAUGGAAGUUGACUGGCUGUUGUUCCCAAAGCCUGCAUGUACUCUGUCCCUAAAAAUGUUGUUAGAAUGCUGUGACAACGUAAGAUAUACUCUGCAGUAAGAAACUGAUUUGUAUUUGCGUUCUUUUUACUCUGCAUAGUCUUGUUUGCAAUGUGUAUUCUUUUGCAUAAUUGUCUCUCUCCCUGGUGCCACAAGUAGUGGCAUGAAGUUUUAGAGCAAAGUCUCUCUUAACUUGCGAGAUUACACUGGGGAGGCAUUGGCCAUACACUUUGCAGCUAUAAGGACAAAAGAGUUGCCCUUUGCUUUUCUGGGAAAACAUGUAUGAUCUGUAUUGCAUUCUGAGACUUCUGUGGAAACACAGUCUGGAUUACUCCCUUUGUCUGUUCUGCUCUACUUUCAACUGCAGCUCCUUUUCUUUCUCUCCUUUCUCUGGAAGUAUGUAUUAUUUUAGGCAGAUUUAAUUAAGAAUGUGGUUUUCAGAACAACAAACAAAUGAAAAUUACAAGUUCUUAAGAAACAAUACAUUGAAAAUGAAGCAUUACAUCAUUGCUUAAUAACAAUAUAAGUGAAAAAGUAAAGGGAAGGGAAAGGAACGUCUUUAUCACACCCUAGUCUAGCACUAUCUUGCUGUCCAGAGCCUCCUGCAGGGCAGCAUCAGUUUUCUUACCACUUUAUGGACCAGGAGUUACCAGAACUUCUUGUUUAUGUUGAAAGGUUAAUUGUGAGUUUGCAUGUCUCUUGUCUUUCAUUAAUCUGCUAGUGCUUUGUGAGCCAAACCCAGUAAUAUAGGCCCUUGCACAUCUUUAGUAGGAAUUAAUUAAGAAAUUUGUUUUAUCCUGCGGACAUGAAUGUGCACUCUUGAGUUAGGGUUAAAGGCAGCUGAGACUGAAUCACUUAGUUUUGUCUCUGCCUGAUGGUGGAGCAGGCAUGCACAAUCCUGUUAGCCUGCGGUAUCCUUAAGGUCUAUGAAUGUCAGUACCAUCAAUCAUUAUGUCAAGAGGAGAGGUGGAUGAUGGCUCAUGCAGACUUCACUGGGCAGGGAAUGAAUGAGACAGCACCUUUCUUUGCUUGUCUUUGCACAAUCCAGGCAGAGUGAAGAGGGAUCUCUUUAUUUCUCCUACUUCGCAGACUGAAUAUAUUCUUGUGUUCUUACCAAAGUCAUCUAUACUGGAUUUUCUCAUUAGGCAAAUUCUGUUUUGCCUGAAAUUAUGCAUAGGCAGCCAUGUUUGUUUGUUCAUGUAUCUGCCCCAUUUGUGUAUAAAGUGGGGGUGGGUGUUUGAUGUUUACAUCAUAAUGGAUAUGUCGGUGUGGGCAGCUGAAUUCUCUUCUGUCUUAGCUCCCCACAGUGCAUGGCGUUAGCCUCUUUUCUCCCAACCCACUGUGACUUUGCUGAGAGAAAAGUGCCUUGAGUUAAAUGCUGUAAGGUGGUAAGGCAAUGGGAGGAUUUAGGUCUUCUCGCCCACACACAUCUUUUGAAAUAAAAAUCAAGCCUCUGUCCCACUUUGAGAAUGGGGCAGAUGUGACACACUUAGUUUGCUGCUGAGAUUUCUGUUUGCAACGGUAAUGCUACCCCAAAGAUCACACAAGUUGUGUCUUGGCUAGCCCAGACAUUAUUAAACUAGGCUAGCAUGUGUUUUCAUUCUCAUUUUUAAUAAUUUAAUUCUUUGAUUACUGGGUUAAAAAAAGUUGUUUUAGGGUUCUUAAGUUUUGCUUGUGAGUUCUAAAUACACUCUUUGUUUCUUGGCCUAAACCUUGCUGGUCUUGCACUGCUAAGUGUCUAUAGAAUUUAACUGAUAAUUUUAAAAGCUUGGUCUCUGCAUCCAAGGGACAAAAAGAGACCCAGACACCUUAACUGAUAGUAACUCCUUGAUUUCCAGUUGCCUCUUGGAUUCUUCCACUGAAAACCAGAGCUUGGUGGUUUAUAGCACUCAUUUGUACAUCUUGUUGGAUUGAACAGUUUAUUCACAAACAAUUAUCUAGAUCUUCAUCUACUGUCUUUAUCCUAAAUUGCCUUUCGGUAGAAGACCAGAACCAUUGUGUGCAACUGUGGUCACCAUAUAGCUCCACCACCAGCUUGGUUAUUACACUGUAGAUUGGUCUUCCUUACUUGACAGAUUUUUUUGAUGUCUUCCUUCUUUGUGGUCAGCAAGAGUACAUAAGAAAUAUAUAUAUAGUGCAUAAUUUUGCACUGGGGUCAGGUGAUUUCUAACCCUGAUUUCAGCAGAGAAAAGUUUGAACCUGUCAUCAGAGACCGCCCACAUCUCAGAAGCCAGAUAAGGGUCUCUCUGAGCUUCCACUGGUCAAAGACUGGGAUUUUAUUUACUACUCAACUCUGUAUUUGCAUCCUUCUUGUUAAUGUCAUAUAUGGAGAAAGGGCCCUUAUGCACUAUCUCCAUAUGCUCCGCUGUCUUUGUUUAAAAUCCCCUUUCGUUAGCAGAAUAAAUGAAGAAAUAAAUGAGCAGUUGUAUGGACAUUUUCACAGAUUCUGGAUGCAGAAUGUGGUUUCCCUGGUGCUGAGUGUUUGAGGCAGAGCACAUUCAGCCCUGACAGUGCUCUUGCUUUUGCAGCCAUUUAUCUGCUGGAAUGAGAGUGGAGAAAAUGGACCUUAUUGAGUAAUUUGCCAGUGGGUAGUUGACUUUCUUGGCAUGGAUACAGCAAGAUCAAUUGCUUUAAUUUUUCCUGCUGUAACGUGUAGGAACAGCAAGAAAACAAAAGCUUGGGGAAGGCAGAGGGGAGAAACAGUAAACAUAAACAAAGUAGAGAGUGAAAAUGGUGGCCUGCUGUGUUGCUUUUCAUUUUGGAAGUAAUUUCUCCUUCUCAUUAAAUCUGGGUGGCAGAUGUUUAAAAAAGUAGCAUAUGCUGUUCACAGAGGGAUUUCCAAGCUUUGGGGAGAGAGGUUCCUGGGUGCCAGCAUCAAAAGCAGCAUUGUGCUCAGAGCGGAAGUAAGCAUUUGAUCUUGAGAAGAUUAAGGGUGUUGACAGAAAGCAUCCCAGUAAUUUAAAGUAGUAGUGACCUCCUUACCUUGGGUAGCUCUUUGUGUUUACUGAACUAAAAUGACAGCUGGCGUAGUAAUAAGUAAGGUCUUUUUCCUCUGUAGGAGUCUCUAUAGUUAGUCCCUAGUAUCACAGCAUAAUUGUACUUCGGUAAACCCUGCCCUGCCCUGUUGCGGAAUCUUCCUUCCUUCAUGAGUCUUUCCUCUCAGAUAAGCAACUUGAGACUGCUUUUAGCAGGUGACUGCUCAGUGUUACUCAUCUGCUGCUUGUCUUACCUGUUCUGCUUCCCAAUGACUCUACCUUAGGGUGCCUUCCACCAUUGCGGCACAGCUUCAACAAAGCUCCAAGAGCUGGUCUUUACAGAGUGUGAGUCUGAGGAUUAGCAUUAAGAAAAUCCCCCAUGCAAGCUCCAUUGAAAUGAAAGGACGAUGCGCUACAGUGGCAUUUUGUGACAGAGGACAUAGGACUUCAUAUAACAAUUCACUGUCUGCAGUGAUUAGGCCCAGCUAUGACCCAGUGCUACCAAGUGAUAGCAGUGGGGCCAGCUCAGGAUCAAGUUGAUCCCAGGCAAGUUGGGCCCCUCCCUGCCCCCCCCAAUGUCCUGGUUUGGAGCAUUCUGUUGGCUACUACUGGUGUAAAUCCCACCAGUACUACUUGCACAUGGCUGAGCGUUCAGGGGCAGAACAAGGAGCUCUGCACUGGCAGAGCAACACUGAUGGUCCAUGGACAGAGGCCAGGAUGGCAAAGGUACAGCUCCACCUGAUCAAACUCCUAGCGAAAUGCAAAGGAGGGGGGUGGAUUCCAGCCCAAGUAUUCAAGCCAGGCGUAGGCAAACUCCAGCCCUCCAGAUGUUUGGAACUACAAUUCCCAUCAUCCCUAGCUAACAGGACCAGUGGUCUGGGAUGAUGGUUGUCCCAAACACCUGGAGGGACGGAGUUUGCCUAUGCCUGCUUUAAACAAUGUCCAAUAUAAAACUGAAACACAAAAUACUGAAAAAUUCAGUGCUAAUUUUUUUAAAUAGUGAACUAUACAGAUUGUACCAAUGGCAGAAAGGGAACGUGGCCUCCUCAUAAUAGCAAGUUGCCAAAAGUUACUUUUCUGUUGUAAAGCUAAUGCAAAAUUACAAUUUUUAAAGACAGACAUUUCCUUUUACAUGUGUUUUGUGGGUGGGUAAAGCUGCUGUGUCUGAUGUCUUUAACAGAUUUGUACACAGAAGACACAUGUGUGAGAUAUGUUUGUAUAACACAAAAUGGUUGAAGAAGGUUGACUUAGGGUUUUCAAAGACAUUCGGAAAGUGUAGUUGACACUUUAAAGUACUUUAAAAUACUGAAACCUAGACUAUUUGAAACCUACUUUGCCAUUUAGCUGUGUAUUGACUUUCUCAAGGCAACAGGGCCCAUAAUGUUAUCGAUUCAAGUGGAGCAAAUACCUUGGAACUGCAGGGCUGCCAGCCACUGUAAGAAUGGGAUCAUUUAGCCCCCUGCAAGGCAACCGCAGUCACAUUCUGACAGAUGUGAUAGAUUUUGCCCAAACAUCUUUUUCUCUUGCAUUAACUGAUCUGCUAUAUCUUAAAAUAUACUGUGUUUGUCACCUUUACAGAAUCUGAGAAGAUCCCUGUGAUGCGUGGGCAGUGGUUUGUUGAUGGCACAUGGCAGCCGCUAGAAGAAGAAGAAAGCAAUUUGAUAGAACAAGAACAUCUCAGCUGUUUCAAGGGGCAGCAGUUGCAAGAAAACUUUGACAUGGAAGUAUCAAAACCUUUGGAUGGAAAAGAGGGUAAGGGAUGCCUGGAUCAAUGGUCCUGCCUCAUGUUUCUUUUUAUGAUAGUCAUAACCUUUUGUGUACAUGUUUGAUGGUGCGUUUUGCAUGAUUAGCCAUUACUUGCUUCAGUCUCUUAUUAUCGUUAGGAGCAUAGGAAACUGCCUUACACCAAGUUGAACAAUUGAUUCUUCUAGUUCAGUAUUACCUACACUGACCAGCAGCAGCUGUCCUGAAUUUCAGAUUUUCCUGCCCCACCUGACGAAGUCUGGGAUUGCACCUGAGUGAUGUUUCUUCCCCAAAGCACUUCUCAAAAACAGCAUGUUUUAUUAUGCAUUAUUUUGUGUUACCAUAAAUACACCCACCCACAAUAGAGAACUUCCUCGUUUUUCAAACCAUUUUCAUGCUUUAAGUUGAAGUCCUCCCAGAUGCUUGUUGUUGUUUUUUGCCCCUGGAAACUUUUUAACCAUUUGAUUUUUACUAUUUUUAAAUCCAGCCUAUCAACCAGGAGAGACCAAAAGAUACAUAUUUCUUAAUUUUGGGUCAGUCCAGGCUUGGUAGAAUCAUUUUCACUUGUAUUCUUUCAGUUGUUUUGUGGUCAAACAAAAUAGUGUUUAAAAUGGCCAGACUGAUAAGUCUUGACAUCCCCUCCGUUAGGUUCGGAAUAAUCACUUCACAGGAGUAGAGUGAUUAGUAGAAUCAGCAGGCCAUACCAGUCAGUUUACUAGUCAAAAAUCAGUUUGACCACAAGUAUUCCAUAAAGCCAAGAAUGCUACUGUCCAGGUGACAGCUUACUUUCUAUUGGUUAGCAAGGACAGGUGUGAGAGCCUCUUGCCUCUAGCCCCAUUACAGCCCAGGGCCAAAUCAAGUAACACAGCAAAACUGCAGGUAUCACCAAACAAUUCUUUUUGUGGAUAAUUUGCUAUAAUUUUCUUAGUAUCAUUGUUUCACAAAACAGUUAACUAAUUUGUUUUUCAAAUUGGUGUAAGUAUCAGCAAUGCAUUUUUCUAGAAAAAUAGGUGCAGCGCUGUACAGUGGUACCUCGGGUUACAUACGCUUCAGGUUACAGAUUCCGCUAACCCAGAAAUAUUACCUCGGGUUAAGAACUUUGCUUCAGGAUGAGAACAGAAAUCGUGCAGCAGCGGCGCAGCGGCAGCAGCAGGAGGCCCCAUUAGCUAAAGCACGCCUCUAGUUAAGAACAGUUUCAGGUUAAGAACGGACCUCCGGAACGAAUUAAGUUCAUAACUAGAGGUACCACUGUACUCACCAUGAAGUUGUAGGUGCCACACUUUUUAACAACAACAACAACAACAAGGUGCAGGUACUGCAUACCCUUGGGUACUCCCUGGAAAAAAGCACUGAGUAUCAAACUUGUUGACAGUUAAUGUUUCCUUUUUGUUCUCAUAAAGUCAUUGUUUUAAAAAUACGUGACUUUUUGGGUAAUAUUUGACUGGUCAGUUUGACAUUGCUUCAGUUGCAUUGUUUAUCUUGUGCAAUAAGACCCAAUUGCUUUGGGCAAGACAAACUGCAGAGCUCUCCCCAAGUUUGAGUGCCCUGGACAGUAGUACAGGUUUGGCUGUAUGCGUUGCAUCACCCUGCUUAUUUUAAAAGCCUUUCAAAUUAUCAGCACAACUAUUUAUCAUUAUUUAAGCUCUAAGUCUGUUGCUUUGCCAAGUUGUGGCCUUAGUGAUGGGCUGCUGCUAGAAGAAAAGCAGGUGCUGACUAUUUGGUUCCUCCUCUAGGGCUGAUGCCCAGCAGCAAAGUAAAUGGUUUUUUUGUACUUGCCAUUUAAUUUCCAAUAAACAAAAUAUUUUGCAGACUUAAGUCUUGGUAAAAUAGUUUGACCCUGACUUUUCAAGAUUUGCACUAGAAAACAAAGAGUUAAAAGUGGGAGUUUGGGCAGAUAGUACAAAAUAAAAUAUUAUUUUUAUAGUUUUUAUGUGUUUUUUACACAUCUGUUAAGUAAUUUCAUUUUUUGGGUUGCUGCUUGAGCCCAGCUUCAUUGUAGUUAUUGAACUCUGUUUUGGGUAGUAGGUUUAUACUGAUAUGUCUUCCAGAUGGAAAAUUUGAACAUGCCUCGCUGUUAAGACUGAUGUUGGAUAAGCAUUAACUCUGGUACAUCUAGAGUGGGGUGGUAUUAUGACAGAAAGUUACAACAAUAUAAAAAUGCAGUAUUGAAAUCAGCUAAACCCAUUUUCAGUAGAAGAAUAGGGUGGAUCCUAAAAAACAUAUCUCAGAGGUACAUCUUCAGAGUACUGUGGAAGCUGUACAGUGAUGGUGCUGGACACCUCUUUGAAAAGGAUCUUGAAUGCCCUGCCUCCAAGCUAAGUUCUCUGCUUUGGAUGUAAUGUUUACUUGGGGCCUAUGUGCAAGAUUAUAUUCAGUAUAUGGAUGUCAGUUAUGUCUGGUGGCUGGGGAUGACUUACUCCCACCUGUACAGUUAGAACUGAGUUAGACUAUUGUUAAGUGGCUAUAUCUGAAGCAACAGUAGUGGCUGUCAGGACUACAUGGGUGGGGCUGCAUUGCUCCCCAGACUUCUGAGCACAUGUGUCGCUGCCACUUACUGAUAGUGGGAGCUCAGUGUGGAUGCCAUGGCAGAAGCCAGUCGAAUGUUCCGGCUGCUGAGUCUGCACUGUGCUUGCACCAUCUCCCAGUUCCUUUUUCUUAAUGCAGAGCAGCAGUGCAUUCAGAAAACAAGAAAAGAUCCACACAGUCCUGCCAGCUGCUACUAGAAGCCAAUGUUUGUGCCCUCCAUAACUCUUUAACAGUUGGAAGAAAGUCUCAUUAAGCAUUUACUGGCAGAGAUUAUUCUGGCAGCUCAACCAUAAAUGAGAUGAAAGGAAAUUUAUACAUUCUAAUAAUAAUUUGUGAGACGAGGAGGAAUGCAAGUUUUAAAUAUUUUUCUUCAAUUCUGUUGUGCUUGAUCUUUAAAUAAUUUUGUUUGGCUUAUGUUCUUCUGGAGUAUAUAGGUUAUAAUAAACCUUUUGAGAAGUAAGUAUUCUUACGAUUGCACUCUUAAAAGUGAACUUAAGGCAGAGAUUUUAGCAACUUCAGAAGAAGAAGAUUAGAGCCAAGAAGAAUAUUAGUUUUGCAGUGUCACAGUGUUCCACAUUCCAAGGUACUCUUGGCCUUGGAAGUUGCAAAAUUCUAACACUUUCCCAAGAAUUCAGCCUUCCCUUUAGAAAUCUGAUAGUUGCAACCAAUUAGGACUGAUCCUCUAUGGGGCUGUGCACAGAGCAGCUGGGUCACGCCAAAUGGAGCCCUUUUAGAAUAGAUAAAAUCCUGCCAAUCAAUAGUUUGCUGAGGAAAUGGAAGCAGGGAGGAUCUAACUUCAAUUCCCAAAAAGGUCAUUUAUGCAGUUUUGGAAAUGAUCCCUCUGCAUAGCACCACUUCUUCUUGUUGUUAUUCAUCAUUCAUCAUUUUAUUUGUAUGCCGCCUUUCCAUAGUUAAAACAGUGCUCAAGGCGGCUUGCAACAUGAGAAGGUUUACAUAAUUACCAACAUAACAAAAGUUAUAAACAUCAAAAAGUACACAACCAAAUGGAAAACAAUUUCCACAUAAAUCAUAAAAUCUAAAACUAAGAAUACAGCAUUAAUACCAAUCACAAUUACAAAUGACAUAGAUAAAAAAUAAAAGCUAUUUAAAAACAAAAAGAAAACAAAAACGGAGCCCUCUCUGCCCAGCAGCAGCAGCACUCCUUUAUGGAGCUUGUCAGGCCCCGUCCCAAGCCAGGUGGAGAGAAGAAGGGCAGGACCCUUCAGGCUCCCAGCAGGUCAGUCCUGUUGUUGUUGUAAGUUGAAUUUAUAUACCGCCAUAUACCCGGAGGUCUCGGGGUGGUUCACAGAAUAAAAUCAAAAUAUAAAACUACAAAAUACAUAAUCAAAAUAAAAACAACAACCCAAUAGCCCCCCCCCAAAAAAACCCACAUUUUAAAAGGGUAUAGGAAGUCAGUCAAAUCAACCAAAGGCCUGUUUAAAAAGGAACGUUUUUGCCUGCCACCUAAAGGUGUACAGUGGUGCCCCGCAAGACAAAUGCCUCGCAAGACGGAAAAACCGCUAGACGAAAGGGUUUUCCGUUUUGAAGUUGCUUCGCAGGACGAAUUCCCCUAUGGGCUUGCUUCGCAAGACGAAAAUACCUUGCGAGUCUUGAGAUUUUUUUCGCUUUUCCCCCUUUAUCUAAUCUGCUAAGCCUUUAAUAGCCUUUAAUAGCCUUUUAGCAGCUAAUCCCCUAAGCCUUUAAGCCUUUAAUAGCCGCUAAACAGCUGAUAGCGCUAAUAGCGCUAAUCCGUCAAUGGGCUUGCUUCGCAAGACGAAAAAACCGCUAGACGAAGACUCUUGCGGAACGGAUUAAUUUCGUCUUGCGAGGCACCACUGUAUAAUGAAGGCGCCAGGCGAAUUUCCCUGGGGUGAGCAUUCCACAGACGGGGAGCCACUGCAGAGAAGGCCUGUUCUCGUGUUGCCACCCUCUGGACCUCUAGAGGAGGAGGCACACAAACAAAGGCCUGGGAAGAUGAUCUUGGGGUCUGGGUAGGUUCAAAUGGAAAGAGGCGGUCCUUGAGGUAUUGGGGUCCUAUAGGACAAAACCAGCACUUUGAAUUGGGCCUGGAAACUAACUGGUAGCCAGUGGAGUCGGACCAGGAUCAGUGUAAUAUGCUCAAACCGUCUUGCUCCGGUGAGCAACCUGGCCGCUGAAUUCUGCACCAGCUGAAGUUUCCAAAUUGACUUCAGAGGCAGCCCUACAUGGAAUGCAUUGCAGCAAUCUAACUUUGAGGUUACCAGAGCAUAGACAACAAUAGUUAGGCUAUCCCUAUACAAAUAGGGGCGUAGCUGGGCCACCAGCCAAAGCUGAUGGAAGGUGCUCCAGGCCACUGAGGCCACCUGAGACUCAAGCAACAGGAAAGGAUCCAGGAGUACCCCCAGGUUGCGAACCUGCUCCUUCAGAGGAAGUGUUACACCAUCAAGAGCAGGCCCACCCAUCUGGUGCCUCAGUCUUAUCUGGAUUGAGUUUCAGUUUGUUGGCUCUCAUCCAGUCCAUUACCAAGGCAAGACACUGGCCCAGCGCUUCCAUUGCCUCAUCUGCAGAUGUCAAGGAGAAAUAGAGCGUACUUGUUGGAUUGGAGAGAAGGACUUCUAAUGGAAGACCUGUUAACAUGCCCAUUUCCCACCCUGCUGAGUCCACACAUGAAAUACGCUUCCUCUCAACCAGUGCCCCAUGCAAAUAUUGAAUGUAGAGACUUGCCCUUAUUACCCAAAACCCAAGAAAAUGCCAUUAUUUUGUUAAAGUUGUCUAUAUUGGAAUCAUUUAUAGUUUGUAUUGUUAUCUGAACAUACUAAAUGAUAGUCAAGAGGCUGACCAAAUUGCCUGGCCAUUUAUCACAAAUGUCUAAGGAUAGGCCAUAGACAGUUGCAAUUUUUGUUUGACAUUCAUUUAAAUAAAGCACAAACAGUAAUUCUAAAUGGCAAAUGCUGGUUGUUAAAUAAAGUCGCAGGGCUCUAAAUGAAGUGUGUGAAGCAGGGUUGUGAAGUAAGGAGUCCUCGUGGUGUUGCAGUUGGACUAAGGCAGGAGAGAACCAGGUUCAUAGUCCCUCCUCACCAUAAAGCAUACUGGCUGGCCCUGCACCCAUGACAGUCUCUCAGCCUAGCCUACUUCAUAGCUGCUUGUGGGGCUGGGCUGUGUAUGCAGCCCUGCACGCCUUGAUUAGAGUGGGAUGAAAAUGUACGAACUAGAUAAACAGAAACUAAAAUAAGGAGAUAGCACUCGUGCCUUUCCUGUCAGAUGAUCCUGUUCUACAGUUCAAGGAAACCCAUCACUGGGAGAAGGUCAUUCGUAGUUCCAUGGAACAUUUUGCAAUAUUUGUCCAAGGUCAGUUGACUGCUGUCCUAACCUUAAGUGUUACGCACUUUGAGCUAUUUCUGGAGUUAUUUCGUUCAUUACAAAGAAACGGGGACACACAUGACACUCAGCUUUUGCUGAAGUGUUUGAUUGACACUCCCCCCGCCCCCGCAGCUUUAAGUAGCUUUUCUAUAUGUAAAUAGGGGUGAUGGUGUCUCUGGCUAAGUGCUGUUACCUGUGUACACAAGUGGCUUUUAUGUCUCUGGCAACUAGUAUAAUGGUCUUUGGGUCUAAAGCAGUGGUUCCUAAGUGAUUUUUUUUCCAAUGGACCACUUGAAAACUGCUGCAGGAUAUUUAAUUGUAUUUUUUGCAGAAACUGGACCGCCUGAAUGAAGCUUGCAGACCACUAGUGGUUUGCAGACCACAGUUUGGGAACCCUUGAUCUAAAGUAUGCUUAGAUAGAAUUCUGUUGUAAAUCAAAGAGGAUAUUGCUCAGUUAAUGUGGUCAGCUCACUUCUGUGGUAGAUAUUACAGGAAUUGCGCUUUGUUCCUCCUAGACGCUCAUGGGCAGGUGAAUUGUGAUUGGAGCGCAGAUGCCUAGUGGGAAACAUGAUAGCUAGGUCCUCAGACUUGGCCUCAGAGCAGAAACCAGCUCUGUUUACGUCAGUCUUUGCAGCAGGGGAAGCGUGGAAUGACUUUUCAUUCAUGAGCUUCCAUUUCUCGACUCUGCUGUGACCAGGAGCAGCCCAACAUGCUUUGAAAUAAUUUGCACAUUAAGCACAUUAAUAAUAAAUUAUUAAGCACACAAAAUCAGCAUUCCUCAAGUGCAAGUUGUCUAUGUGCAAUUUUUUAUCAUCGGUAAAUAAACAAUUAUGAAAUAAACAUCUCUUUCUGAUUUCCUCCCCAGUCUGGGGACUGUCUCAUACUGUAGAACAGAGUUUAAGAGUAAUCAAGAACCAACUGGGUGGCUGCCUCUAUUUUAAAAUUGUGAAUAAAGGCAGAUAAAAUACAUUAAUGUUAAUCUACAGAUUGUUUAGAAAUGGCAAUAUCAGAAGGCACUGGUCUUCUUGCCUAACUAUUUGUAGUGGCAUUUGUAAUACAGCUCUGUCCACUGUGCAAUGGUUUUACGACUGUGUCAUAAAAAGGCAUUGAUUCCCCAUCCAGCUCAAAGCCUGUUAUAUGGGCAGCAUUGUUAACAGAAUCCUCUCAAUAGAUCUUGGGGCAGGUCAGGAAAGUAGGUGGUCUGUAUUGUGUCUACAGUCCAAGUUGUUGAGCCUCAAAUCUUUGAAUUAUGCCUAGAAAGCCAGUGAAGAAACCUUGAGCUCUGAUGUAAUGUGUUCCCAUGAACCUAGUCUCUUUUAGGUAGGGUUGCCAUACAUGUGGAAUUUCCCACACCCGUCUGGGAUUUCAAGGGUAAGAUCACUUCCCAGGUGGAUUUUUAAAAAAAAAUGUCCAGGGUUUUGUUUUUGGCAAGCUGAGGUUACUGGCCAAGCAGCGGUGCUGUCGCAGAAGGAAGGGGCAGCCAUGGCAUUGUUACUUCUGGUGGCUGUGUGUAUGCCUGUCCUCCUCCUCUCAGUGGCCUCCAGGCCCUGGAGCCACAGAGCCACCAAUGCGCCUGGCGUGCGCCGCUUCUCCAGAGGCGGCGGAGGCUGGCCGUGGCCUGGGGAAGGCCAGCCUGGCCUUCCAGGAGGAGCGCCUGGCCUGUGCCAUGAAAAGAGAGCAAGAGGCCGAAGACAGCAAAGGUAAGAGAGGGAUUGGAAGGAGGGGGUGAGGAAGGGGUCUGUGGCAGGCAGGGGUGAGUGACAGAGAUGCAGGAUGGUGGGGGGGUGCCCCAACUAUGGGGGGUUUCUGGGUUUUUGGUCUUCGGAAUAUGGCAACCCUACUUUAGGAGUGGGCCCUCCAUCACAGUAAUGAAGAGAUGCCUGCAUUCCUGAGCAGCAUAAUCAUCCCCAAGAAAGAGAUUGGGGAGCAGCAGCUUACCUGUUGUGUGAUUUGUACUAAAAAUUACUUUGUUGUAUUUGCAGCAGGGCUUAAUGGCCUUCAGGGGUUCCAUUGAGAGUAACCUAAUAAUAGUACAGUGGUACCUCGGGUUACAUACGCUUCAGGUUACAGACUCCACUAAGCCAGAAAUAUUACCUUGGGUUAAGAACUUUGCUUCAGGUUGAGAACAGAAAUCAUUCUCCGGCGGCGCGGCAGCAGCAGGAGGCCCCGUUAGCUAAAGUGGUGCUUCAGGUUAAGAACGGACCUCCGGAACGAAUUAAAUACUUAACCCAAGGUACUGCUGUACAGGUUUGGGCAACAUGCUCGGGUUCAACAGAACCCAUACCGUGAGCUGGCAAGUUAUAACUGCUACAUCAGGGAAAGUCUUCUGUAGCCCCAGAAAUGCUCUACGAAUCAGAAUCAAGUUUGGCUGGCGGGGAUUGUUCUUGGGGUAGGGUGGAGGAAGUACAUUCCUCACUUUCUCCUGCUGAUUUUUCUUUGCAACUAAACAUAACCUCCUCCCAUGUGCUUAUUAACUCCUUAAAUGCAUUUUGAGGAUCAUGCACAUUCAGUACUGAAGUGCAGGCUUUUGCUGAGUUAACACUGAAGACACUUUUGCUCAUAAGCCUGAUAAAGUUUACGAUUUAGAGUUUGUAGGAGGAAAAAUUAUCCCCCCCCCCAGAGGAUCCCACUACAGUGGUACCUCGGGUUACAGACACUUCAGGUUACAGAUGCUACAGGUUACAGAAAUAGUACCUUGGGUUAAGAACUUUACUUUAGGAUGAGAGGAGAAAUCACACGGUGGCAGCGGGAGGCCUCAUUAGCUAAAGUGGUACCUCAGGUUAAGAACAGUUUCAGGUUAAGAACGGACCUCCAGGACGAAUUAAGUUCUUUAACCGAGGUACCACUGUACUGUGUUACUGUGUUGCUAAUCUAGGCAUGCCUUCUAGUUGGAAGAAAAGAAGGCCAGAACAUAAAUUCAUGCAGAGACUCAUUGAAUAGCCUUUUCUGAGCUUUGGGCAUUCUGGUACAUCUCUGCAGAAAUAACUUCUCCUUCCCCAACCCCCCAUCAAAGCUGGUUAGAAAAGGCAGCCGGCUUCACAUCAGCCUUUCUGUAUAUUGCUUAAAGCACACUGGCAAUUCUUGUGGCACAUGGCUUUGGCAUUAGGGAGCUAUUGAGUCAGAUUGAACAGUAUGUCAUGAGGGAGUCGUCCUGCUGUGUACAGAAGAAGUUGUGCCUUCCUCUUGAGCCUUUCUUCGCUGGACUGGUUCUGUCGGUUAGUUGCAGCCUGCAUCUGCCUUACUUGUCCUCAUCCUCAAAGGCAGCAGAACCGAGAAGCAGAGACGGGAACAAAAUGUAUCAAAGUCCUUCUGAGUACCACUAUGUCUGGUCUCUCCCCACCAAAAAAAAAGACUUAAAAAUCUGGUCAUGUGUUAAGUUUAAACAGAGACUCCCAAAUAAUGGCUUCAUUUUAAAAUGUACGGUGGUGUUCUGUGUUUCAACUCUGGUUCAGUUUGACUCCCUGUUUGAACCCCGACUGACCUUCAUGGUGCUUAUUGUUCUCCUGUUUCUUAGGUGGGGCACAACAGCUUCCUCUUGAUCCCUAA